UUGUAUGAUACGUACUUAGCUGAUGAUCUACACGUGAUUAUGCCUCGCCUUCUCGACCCAAUAUCUCAGCCCGCUGCUGUUCCUCCUUUCCUCCUCUUCGCCUUCUGCUCAGGAUGUCCUCGCAGCACCCCCCCUCAUUGUGUCUAUCUAUCCACGGUCCGCCCUUCUGCCAAGAACAGCGUGGGGGAGCUCCGAGUACCUCACGGGGUGAUCAGUGCACUGAAGUGUGGGCAAAAGCGGGCACCUGGAACGUCUAUGAGAGCCUGCAAGCUGCGUAGUUUUCCUCCUCCCGGUACGCGCGCAGCUGUUCCUCGAAGCACUGGCUGGUCGGUAGGCUCAUCGCCUCGCAGUGUCGUUUCGCGACGGCUACUACCUCUCGGUAUGUACAUACCGACACAAGCCCCAAUCGUCAUCGCGCGCACUAUCGGCCGACGCGUCGUUGACUCACCGCCUCGCAAGGCUGUCCUGCGGCGUGGCGGUGCAGAGGGGCGACAUUCCCGUUGCGGAAGGCGACCUGCCGUAGAGGGAAAUAUCACAUGAUGGGGGAUGACUGUGGCG